UUUCACGGAUCGCAUUUCCUGGGUCCACCCUUCAGCUUUUCUGCGCCGUGCCUGUGCGAUAACAUAUACACAGACGAUCUACAUCUAUUUUUGCCUUUGGCUAUCCAUACAACCAUAUCCUGCGAGACCGAAAACGACAGGCCCGUAAGUGACGUCCCUGCCAUGGACGAGUUCGCGCAAACACGUGGAGGGGAUGACCUGUUCGACGAUGAAAUCAUCCCUGUCUCUGCAGAGCAACAACAACAACUGCAACUGCAAGAACAACAAGAACAACACUCCCUACCGGCGGAUGACCACCAGCAGUCGUUUGAAGAGAGUAUCGCGCCCACAACAGCAUCAACUACUAUCGAUAGAGACGUAUCAUCGCCUGCGCGGACUGACACGCCGUCGCGGUCACGCGGGGGUGAGCGACGGGGGAGGGGAAGGGGAGGUAGAGGGAGCCGGGGUGGGCGUCGGGGGUCGCAGAAUUCUGGCCGGAGGGGCGAUUCGAACGUGAGAAAUAAUCACAAUCAUCAGAACAAUAAGACUGCCGCGGAGAGCCCCGUGGAGGGUGGCGAGGACAGCAACAAGAGUCCCGUGGAAGAGGCCACGACUAACACCCCUCCGGCUGGGGCUGCGGCUGCGGAGACGGAACAACCGGCGGGUGAGAAGCCUGCAGCGGAGGGCCCGCGGGUGCCUGCUGUACGUGGAGAUCGGAGUGCUACGGGUGGUAUCAAAAAGCCGAAACUCACGGAAGAGGAGCUCUCGCGUCGGAUUGCGGCUGCGAAGGAAAACGCUGCCAAGGUUGCCGCGGCGCACGCUCGGGCUGAAGCCGACCAAGCGUCGUUUCUUGAGAGGGAGAAGGUUGCGGAGGAGAAGAGACGCCAGGAACGGGUACAGCGCCGGGUCAUGGAUAACGAGCGGGAACGUAACCGACAGCGGAAGUUGCAAGCCUUUGCGGGCCGGGAGUGGGAUGCUCAGAAGAAGGAGGAGGAUUUCGCCCCGCGCGGUGGGCGUGGGGGCUUCCGUCGAGGUAUGCACGGUGGUGUUUCUGGAUACACUAGACGCGACUUUGAAGGCCAGCCGGGCGACCAGCCUAGUGGUGAGGCUCAUGAGGAGUCCCACGGUGACAGUCCUCGAGGGGGUCCUCGAGGUCGAGGCCGUGGGGGUCGCGGUGGACGUGGCCGCGGUGGUCAUCGUGGCCCACGGGAGGAGAUUCCCCAGACAGAUGGUCUAGCUGAGAAUUUGCCAGGUUUGGGUGAGUCAAGGUGGGCUCCUGCUCCGGUGAUUGACAACGAGGCAGACUUCCCUGCGCUUCCCGGCAGUGAAAAGAACGGAAAGGACACCUCGAAAGAUGCCCCGAAAGAGUGGGUCAAGGAGGAACAGAAGGACACUCAGAAGGAGGUCGUCCAGGACUCCUCCAAUGAACCUAAGGAACUGAAGGAGCCCCUCAACGCCGCAACGACUGCAGUGAACCUGGAUCUUCUCAACGUGGACCCUCUAUCACCGAUGGAGGGGACCUCUUGGGCUGAACAAGUCGAGUCCCAGUGAUACUCUG